AUGGAGCGAGAAGUCUUAAAAAUAUGUCCGUAUGUCCCAACACACAGGAUGCCAGCUAGCAGAUUACAGUACCACCUGGUGUCAUGCAAAAAGAAAAAUCCAAACAUAGCUAAAAAGAUGGCUAGCUGCAAAUACAAUGCUUGUCACGUGGUUCCAAUCAAAAGACUCAAAGAACAUGAGGCUAAUUGUGUCUACAGAACUACUAUCGAUGACGAGCCAGUUACUCUUCCCAAGUUUAUUUCUACAACUUUGGAAUUAAAUGAUAAGCUUUCAAGUGCUGCCAGUCAGAUUCCUGACCCAAUUGUCUGGAAUACAGAUAACAUGAAUUACUCUUCUCCAUUCGUUCUUAAGACUUUUACUCCAAGAAUCCUGGUUUGUGAAAGUGACUCAAGAGAACUAAGAGGAGAAGUGAUGGUUAAUAACAAUCCUAACAACAAUAAAAGGUAG